UCUGGUUUAUCUGUAUGGCUUUAGGAGAGACUAUCCACCACAGAUUACACCCAAGAUGUUCCUGUUGGAGUGGAGCCGCAAAGAGAAGCUUGAGCAGCCACAGUACGAAACGGUGCAGCGCUCUCAGGAUCGAGCAUUUCAGUCAACUGUGACUGUAGCCAAUAAGAAAUACAGAUCAUCCCUCUGGGAGAAAUCAAAGAAGUUUGCAGAACAAGCUGCUGCUAUUGUCUGUCUGCGAGUGCUGGGGGUACCAGAGGGGCGCAUUGGUGAAGAGGAUUCUGGCUUGGUAUGCAAGAGGAAGAGGGAGGGAAAGCCAAAUGGCAGCAGUGAGGAGGGGAGGAGCAAGAAGCUGCAUGUUCACAUCCUGCAGGAAACGGAAACCCAAAAGCCUGCAAUGGGAAUGAACAGUGAUGAGCAAACCCAGCCACAACUCUGAAACAUGCGCUGUGGAUGUUUGACUGAACCAGAGGAGCAAAUAAGAUUCAAGCUUGUUGCACAGCAGCCGUUUACUGGUAAUGUUACAAGGCCUGCAACCUUUCCUGAAAGGAAUACUAAAAUUAGACUGGUUCAACAUUUGCUGAAGUCUUCUAUUUUUUCUGAAUUCUGAAUUUGUUAUCCUGGUGAGAUCAGUCAGCUGGGACAAAGCCAGAUGCUCUUUAUGCUAAUUUUUCAUUAAAUCUUUCAUUUUAAAAUGAAUUAGUUGAGCUAUUUUUUUUCGCUAAAUCUAAUAAAUCCUAAUGCCUUUGCCGUACAGUUAAAAAUGUUUUAAAACUGAUCUGAAAACAAUUUACAUUGAGAUUCAGUUCCUUUUUCUUUGUUUGCUUUCUUGUACUCAUCAAUCACCACUUCUCUAGGCUGUCUGAAGGCAUCUUAUUUGUUCUUUGGGCAUGUUUUUUUCAUGAAACACCAUGAAACACAUUUCAUGGUGCAGAUUUAAAUAUUAUUGUAAAGUACUCUAAUAUCAGUAUAGGACUUGCCUUAAAGGAGCAAGCAUCCUGUUACCUGUCUCUGGCUCAAUAAAAAUAUUAGUUUACCAUUGGGUACAGGACUGGACUCAAUUAAGAAAAAAUAAAAUUCCAGUAAAAAAUUCUGCCUGGAAGUACGUUAUAAAAGAAAUCAAUGGCUCUGGCUUUUGGGUAAAUACUAAACUGCAGAUGCAGCAUGUUUAUCUGUUUUGUCUUACGACACAUGACUUUAAAAAGAUAUUCUUGUUUUACAUUCUGGGUCCAGUAGUUAUCAGAAAUGUGUUUAUAUAUACAGACAUGUACCUAAAACCUGAUUAACAGUUAAUAGCAUGUAAGUUACACAAGGUUCAUUUCAGUUCUUUUUUUUUUGGGGGGGGGGGACAAGCCCAUUAAUAAAAUAAAUUUUGCAAAGACAUUUUAAGCUGUUUUUGGUCCCUUUAUUUUACAGCUUUUAAUUUUUAAUUUUCUAUUUUUGCACCACCUCAUCCACCACUGGCCCGUGCAAGCUUUCCCUUCCCUUACCCUCCCUACCCCACCCACCCAUUGAACCCGUACAGGAACUACUAAAACCGAAACUUGCAAAAAACAGCAGUUUGGCCCUCCCACUCACCUAGCAAGCUAUAUAAAGCUACAUACUGUAAAUAGUGAGCUCCUCUGAUGGUUGGUGAAAAUAUCAGAAAUGUAAUCCUGCAAUUGCAGAAUUCCAGUGUCACUGUGUCUGUUAUAAAUUAAAAAAAUAUAUACUAAUAUCAGUAGAAUACAUAUUUCAUAUUUGAGAAAAACAUUUGUCUUCAAUGAAAGACAAAAGCUGUUAUUUUAGAAAUGUGCAAAUUAGGGCUGCAACUAACAACCUCUCUUUUCCGAAAUUGAACAUUUGGACUUAAAGUGCACAAAACACAUGUUGCUACUUAAGUGUUCUGUUACAAUAUUAUCAGGUAAUAAAUAAUUUUGCUUCUAAUAAAGAAUUUAUGUUGA